CUCUUUUCUCACCCUGCAAACAGGAGCUGCCCCGCAGGGCAGCCAGAAGAGAUGGACGCGGACUCCAGGCUGUACUAGCCCUGCUGCACCCCCAGACCAGGGAGUGUGCUGGCCACUUGUCUGCUUCGGGGGGGGGGGGGGUAACUGAGGCUCUGCAGGAUGGAGGAUGCCAGUGAGGAGAAGCAGGCCUCAGUUUGCAACCUGGUGGCUGCCUUUGAGAACAGCAGGACGCUGAGAGCAACACCUGGACCCCAUAGUGUUGGUGAACAGCCUCAUAGCCCUGAACACAAGCUGCCCCAGUCCCCAGAACCUUGGGAGACACCUCCUCUUGAGGAGGCCAUGAACUCUGAGCUCCGUCCAGUCAGCAGAACAUAUCUGAGCUCCCUCAAAAAUAAGCUAUCAAGUGGGGCUUGGAGGAAAUCCUGGCAGCCUGGGGCCAGCCCAGGGCCAGAGACACAGGAACCUGAGGAGAAGAGGGUCGUGCGGGAACUUCUGGAGACCGAGCAGGCCUAUGUGGCUCGCCUGCACCUGCUUGACCAGGUGUUCUUCCAGGAGCUGCUGCAGGAGGCAGGGCGCAGCAAGGCCUUCCCCGAGGACGUGGUGAGGCUCAUCUUCUCCAACAUCUCCUCCAUCUAUCGCUUCCACGCACAGUUCUUCCUCCCAGAGCUUCAGCGGCGUGUAGAUGACUGGAUGGCCACACCCCGCAUUGGGGAUGUGAUCCAGAAACUGGCCCCAUUCCUGAAGAUGUACAGUGAGUAUGUGAAGAACUUUGAACGGGCAGCAGAGUUGCUGGCCACCUGGAUGGACAAGUCUCAGCCCUUCCAGGAGAUCGUCACCCGAAUCCAGCGCAGCGAGGCCUCGGGCAGCCUGACCCUGCAGCACCACAUGCUGGAGCCGGUGCAAAGGAUCCCGCGGUACGAACUGCUGCUCAAGGAGUACGUGCAGAAGCUGCCAGCCCAGGCCCCCGACCGUGCGGACGCUCAGAGAGCGCUGGACAUGAUCUUCUCCGCUGCACAGCACUCCAAUGCAGCCAUCGCAGAGAUGGAGCGGUUGCAGGGCCUGUGGGAGGUAUACCAGCGCCUGGGCCUGGAGGAUGACAUUGUGGACCCCUCCAACACCCUGCUCCGAGAGGGCCCCGUCCUCAAGAUCUCUUUCCGCCGCAGUGACCCAAUGGAGCGCUACCUGUUUUUGUUCAACAACAUGCUGCUGUAUUGCGUGCCCCGCGUCCUCCAAGUGGGCGCCCAGUUCCAGGUGCGGACCCGCAUCGACGUGGCUGGCAUGAAGGUGCGGGAGCUGCCUGAUGCCGAGUUCCCACACUCCUUCCUGGUAUCUGGAAAACAGCGCACCCUGGAGCUGCAGGCCCGGUCCAGGGAGGAAAUGAUCUCCUGGAUACAGGCUUGCCAGGCAGCUAUUGACCACGUUGAGAAGCGGAGUGAAACCUUCAAGGCCGCUGCUGUCCAGGGACCUCAGGGGGACACGCAGGAGCCCAAGCCACAGGCAGAGGAGCUGGGCCUCCGAGCCCCUCAGUGGGUGCGAGACAAGAUGGUGACCAUGUGUAUGCGCUGCCAGGAGCCCUUCAACGCCCUGACACGGCGGCGCCACCACUGCCGAGCUUGUGGCUACGUGGUGUGUGGCAGGUGCUCUGACUACCGUGCAGAGCUGAAGUACGACGGCAACAGGCCCAGCCGAGUCUGCCUGGCCUGCUACACGUUUCUCACCGGGAACGUGCUCCCUGACAGCAAGGAGGACAGGAGGCGAGGCAUCUUGGAGAAAGACUCCCUGGCGGGGCCUGACCAGAGUCUGGUGUGCAGCUUCCUGCAGCUCCUGGGAGACAAGUGGGGCAGGAGCGGUCCCCGGGGCUGGUGUGCGAUCCCUCGGGAUGACCCGCUCGUGCUGUAUGUCUAUGCAGCCCCCCAGGACAGGAAGGCUCACACCUCCAUCCCCCUGCUGGGCUACCAGGUGAUUGGGGGACCCCAGGGGGACCCCCGGGUUUUCCAGCUGCAACAGUCAGGCCAGAUGUAUACCUUCAAAGCGGAGUCUGAGGAGCUGCAGGGCCGCUGGGUGAGGGCUGUCAAGCGUGCGGCCAGUGGCUGGACCCCUGAGGAACCUGACGAAGAAGACAUGUCUGACUGAGUGAACCACAGUUGGCUGUUCCUCAGGAACCGUGCCCAUGACAGCCUCCCCGGGCUGACCCCGCGGCUCUGCCCCUCCACCCCAAGCCGAGUUACCUCGACCCGUUCUGUCAUCUGUGCCCAGAUGUUCGCCCUGGCCCUGCAUCCAGUAGAUACGGACCCUUUCCUUCAGGAAAAUGCAGCUAAGGGUCCCAGCUGGCUGGGGGCUGGGGGGAGGGGGUCGCUGAGUCAUGAGAUCUUCAUUGCUGAAACAGAGAAGUGUGACCAGUGUCAUAGCUUAGUGGGUAGAGUGCCUGUGUAGCCCAUGUGAAGCCCUGAGUUGAGUCCUGAGCGUGACACAAACUGGCGGCCAUGGUGACUCAUGCCUGUGAUCCCAGCAACUGGGUAGGGAGAGGAAGAAGUACUAACAGUUCAGUGUCACUCUUGGCUGCAUAAUGAGUUACAAUCUAGCUUGGACUACACAAGACCCUGCAUGUGAUCGUGCACUUGUGGGCACCCACCCAAGCGCCCCCCCUACACACACACACACACACACACACACACACGUGCACACACACACAAUAGCAAAAUAAGCCAGGUGUUGGUAAACUGGGCAGUGGUGGCACAUUCUCAGAAAAACAAACAAACAAAAAUAUGACAAGUCCUAGGUACCCAGGACUCUUGGUACCCUGGUGAGGGUCUCAGCGCAGUCUGUGAAUUAACCACCUAGGAAGCGUUGGAAAAGCUGUGGUGAAAAAUAGACACCAACUAACUUUAAAAUUAAAUGUUGUCCAUGUCUACUA